CCUGUCACCACGUGACAGUCUGGACCUGAAUUCAACAUGGCUACAGCACCACAACCUGUCUACUGGCUGGGUAAUGACACCCUGAGGGUGUCUGCUGCCCUUUUUGCCGAGAACCGCCAGCGCCUGUGCAGAGGGCUGAAAGCCAAAGAUGGAGUGGUGCCAAAGUCAGUGGUGGUGCUGCAGGGAGGGGAACAGAAACAGAGGUACUGCACGGACACAGACCUCCUUUUCAGACAGGAGUCUUUCUUCCACUGGGCUUUUGGAGUGACUGAGCCUGACUGUUAUGGAGCCAUUGAUGUGGACUCUGGGAAAUCCAUCCUUUUUGUUCCCAAACUGCCUGAAAGCUAUGCCACUUGGAUGGGAGAGAUCUUUCCCAAAGAGCACUUCAAAGCGAAGUACGCUGUCGAUGAAGUGAAAUACACCUGUGAUAUUGUUGAUGUCCUGUCCAACCUGAAACCAGCAGUGCUCCUCACACUGCGAGGACAGAACACAGACAGUGGGAGCAUCUGCCGUGAAGCCUCCUUUGAAGGAAUUAGUCGGUUCCAAGUAAACAACACUCUUCUACACCCAGUCAUUGUGGAAUGCCGUCUGAUUAAGACCGAUAUGGAGCUGGAGGUGCUGCGCUACACCAACAGGAUUUCCAGUGAAGCGCACAAAAUGAUCAUGAAGCAUGUGAAACCUGGACAGAAAGAAUAUGAAAUGGAGAGCCUGUUCCAGCACUACUGCUACACUAAAGGAGGGAUGCGCCACACCUCGUACACCUGUAUCUGUGGAACGGGCCAUAAUUCAUCCGUCCUCCACUACGGCCAUGCUGGGGCUCCCAAUGACAAGUUAAUUGUGGAUGGAGACAUGUGUCUGUUUGACAUGGGUGGAGAGUACUACUGCUAUUCAUCAGACAUCACCUGCUCCUUCCCAGCCAAUGGCAAGUUCACCCCUGACCAGAGGGCCAUCUAUGAGGCCGUCCUCAAGUCCUCCCGAGCUGUCAUGGCUGCCAUCAAACCAGGUGUGAAGUGGACUGACAUGCACCGCCUGGCUGAUCGGGUUCACCUGGAGGAGCUGGUGAAGAUCGGCAUCCUGAAUGGCAGCGUGGAGGACAUGAUGAAGGCCCAUAUGGGCUCCGUCUUCAUGCCCCACGGCCUGGGACACCUGCUGGGCAUCGACGUGCACGAUGUGGGAGGCUACCCUUAGGGGGUGGAGCGCAUCAAUGAGCCUGGACUGAGGAGUCUUCGGAUGGGCCGCCUGGUGCAGGAGAAGAUGGUCCUCACCGUGGAGCCUGGCAUAUACUUCAUCAACCAUCUGCUGGACCAGGCCCUGGCCAACUCCACCCAGAGCUGCUUCAUCAACAACCAAGUGCUGGCUCGCUUCCGUGGCUUCGGAGGGGUUCGCAUUGAGGAUGACAUAGCGGUGACAGCGAAUGGUAUAGAGCUGCUGACCUGUGUCCCUCGCACCGUGGAGGAGAUUGAGGCUUUCAUGGCUGACUCUGGAAAAACCUUCAGCCCCGUCGUCAGCAGUGAAAAAUUCUGAAAGACAUCUGGUAAAGUCUGAUCUGCAAGCUGGAAUAUCAUCAAUCACCACAUAUAAACAACAAAGAAUAUUCAGUAAAACUCAAAUUAUUACUCUCACUCUUAUCUCACUUACAUAACAGAGACGCAAUCAAGAGAAUUAACACAUGGCUAAGCAAAACAAGCAAAAACAUGUCAUACAGUGUCUUCAUGAAGGUUUUAUAAUGGUUUGAAAAUUGUGUGUUAGCAACAGGCACUUUAAGGGAUGACCUCGACCUUGGUACAGUAACAGUUCAUUUCUGUGACUCCUUGGAAAAGAGAUUAACUUUUUUGAAACAAUUCUUAUUCUUAUAUGUUGCUUUUUGUAAACAUUGAUUCACAAAUACCCUGUGAAAUUGAAUUAAACAUUUUAAUUUG